UAUCUUGUUUCUGCACAGUAGAAAAUACUUUAACAUUUUUUAUUUAAUUAAUUUAAGCGUUUUGGUGGUGUGCGUCUAUAAUAAUUAUAUAAAUGUCUCGAAAAAGUGGACACAAGUGUUUAUAUUUUAAUUGUGGUAAUAGUGGACGAACCGUAAAUAAUCUUAAGCUUUAUCGAUUUCCAAAAAACCCAAAACUUCAACAACAAUGAGUUAUAAAUUCAGAAGCUGAGUGUCAUGUAAUUCAAUCCGUAGAUCUGGACAGCGCAAUCGAAAUGGUCGGUAUCGGUAAGAUUCAUUACUACAUAUUGUUCAUUUGUGGAUCACUUUUCACGGCGGUCGCUAUUAGUGUAACGUCAGUGUCUUUCAUCUUACCAUCAGCCCAAUGCGAUUUUCAAAUGACUUCUGUUCACAAAGGUCUGCUAAAUGGAGCUACGAUGAUCGGAAUGUUUAGCGGAUCGUUUAUUUGGGGCUACAUAUCGGAUUCUAGAGGCAGAAGAUACGCACUGAUUUUCAGCAUGCUAAUAGAUGGUUCCUUUAAUCUCUUAUCAAGCGUAUCUCAGAUUUAUCCAGUGUUAAUAAUUUGCAGGCUCAUGAGUGGAUUCGGCGUGUCCGGUGCUACGGUACUGUACUCGUACCUCGGCGAGUUUGUGAACACCAAGUAUCGAGAGAAAUUCUUAUGCUGGAUGGAAAUGUUCUGGACCAUUGGGAUAAUAAUACUACCAUGUUUAGCGUGGUUAGUCAUGCCACAAACAUUUAGAAUCGAGUAUGGAUUCUUUUUAUUCAGAUCAUGGAAUUUAUUUACAAUUAUUAGUGCUCUUCCCAGCUUAAUAUUGGCGUUUUUAUUGAUGAAGCUGCCAGAAAGUCCAAAAUUUUUACUCGCCAAGGGUAAAUACAACGAGACCAUUGAAUGCUUGAAAUUUGUUCAUAGAUGGAAUAAUAACACUGAUGUCAAAUUCCCUGUGACAUCUAUCGUGGCACCAGAUUACGUUCAAGAAUUGAAUAAAGGAUUCUUGGUUGGACUCUACGAGAGUACCAUCGGGCUGUUCACUUCAAAAUUUAAAUAUGUAGCCAUAAUUACGUGCAUCAUUCAAUUUUGUUCCACCACCAGUUACUACAUGUUGAUGUUGUGGUUUCCGGAGCUGAUGAACAGAUUUUUAUGGUACGAAACGUUGUACACGGGUUUUCCGAAUAUGACAACAAUGUGUGAUAUCGUAUCCCUGUAUAAAGUCGAACCUGACGAUAUUGACGGCAAGUGCAACGAUGACAUCGACGAAUCCGUAUACAUGAACAUCGUCAUCAUCGGCUUCGCCUGCAUACCUACUAGUCUUAUCGUACCACUGUUCGUCAACAAACUUGGAAUUAGAUUUUUCUUAGGAGUUUGUUUUUUUGGAUCUGGAGUAUCAGCUGCUUGUUUGUAUGUAAUUACGUCUUCACAUUCGAAUCUCAUGUUAUCAGCCGUGUUUGAAUCUCUAUCCAGCGCGGGGAUUAGUUUAAUGUAUUGUAUCGCUGUGGAACUAUUUCCAACAGAAUACAGGGGAAUGGCCGUAUCGAUAGGUUCGACGUUUGGUAAAAUAGGCGCACUUUUAGGGAAUGUAGUUGUUGGAGUGUUCAUCGAUGAAUAUUGUACAGUUCCAAUUGUGGUAGCGUGUUCGUUUUUGAUAAUUUCAGGGUUGUUAGUAUAUACGUUGCCUAAGACUGGGAUUACUUCCACCAAAUGAAAAUAAGACAUCUGAUUCACUAGACAUAAUUUAUAAUAUAUAAUUGGUAAAUAUUUUAUUCAAAUGUUAAUUUUUUUCUAUUAUUUUUAAUUUUUACAAUACCUAGGUUAUUAUUGUUAUUGUCUUGUUUAAGACAUUAAAACCCUGUUCCUUAGUUUAAUUAUAUAUAAUUUGGAUGAAUUGGUAAGAUCAUUUUCAUCCAUAUGUUAGGUUAGGUUAGCAUUAUGAUUAUUUAUUUGUGGAACUAGAUUAAUAGUAUAUAAUUAAUUGAAAUUGCUUCUACUGUUCUGCUUCUAGUAACUGCUUACAUGUGUACAUAUUAUUUAAACUAAUAACUAUGAAUUAAGUAAAUUUAA